AUGCGUCCAGUUGAUGUAGAGGGAGACCCAAAUAUACUCAAGGAGCCCGUGGUGAACAAAAUAGCUAAAGCACACAAUAAAACCCCAGCACAAGUGGCGCUUCGGUGGACAACACAGCUAGGAAUGCUCAUCAUACCGAAAUCAGUUUCGGAAGAAAGAAUCUUACAAAACGCUAACAUAUUCGUCUUCGAGUUGACUGACGAUGAGAUGAAGGAACUGGACGGCCUUGAAUCUGGAUACCGAGUUGUUAGAUUCGACGAGACUACGCGCAAACAUCCUCACUGCCCGUUCCCACAAGGAUAA